AUGACGGGCUAUCGCAGGGUUGCAGAAUUUAUGAGUACACAUGGCGAGGUAGCCAUCCUUCGACGUUUUGGAAAACUUAAUAUGUUGAGCCUUCUAUACUCACAGGCCGAAAUCACGAGGCUGGAACAUGAGCUCAACGAGGUUGCAAGCCAAAAUCCCAACAUCACGAGUGCUAGAGAUUGGGUUACCUUCUGUAAUUCACCGGAGGACCACGAUAAACUACAAUACCAGCUAGCACUCGAGCUACAGGAGAAACUGAUUAGGUUUAACAGUCAACUCUUACAACAGGCCGAGCUCAUGAAGCUUGGGCAGCCAGAUCGUUACAAUCUCAGGUUUCUCUGCAACUGGCUCACGGAUGUCGCUCAAGGUGAUUUCCCUUUAUUGGGUCGAGACCAGUAUGCUUGGAAUGACCCUUCAGACUUAGUCUCUCUCAAGCAAUGCAAUUCUCACGGGCCAUUCUCGUACGCGUUGCAUUACAAAUUUGUGCCGUUUCUCUACGGCUACUUUGGCUCAGAUCGAAGCGGAGACAGAGAGAUCGCCGACUCGAAGUUAGUUGGUGUCGCUAGUGUCAUUGGAUGUGUUGUUGCAUCGUUGCUGCCAUUAACUUCGAUCUUGGCACUCUACCUUAUUGAAGAUGAGUUGAAACGACUCUUUGCAAUCAUUGGCUUCACAGGAGUAUUUUGUUUGGCGAUCUUGGUCUUCACCCAAGCUAGGAUGAUUGAAGUCUUCGCAGCCACUUCUACCUUUGCUGCUGUACUUGUUGUAUACGUCAGCAAAUAA